AUGUUCUACGUUGAAGCAAUCUCCUCCAUCCUCCUCGUUCUUCAAACUGAUUCUUCUGCAGAAUCCAACAGUGAAGUGUCAUCAGAAAAUAAGAAGUAUGUGAUUGGGUUCAUAAGCACAGUUGCCACUGCAGCUGUGUAUGGAUUGAUGCUUUCUGUGACACAGCUUGCAUUCAGUAAAGUUGUGAAAAGCAAAAGCUUCAAGGACAUUUUCGACAUGAUAGUGCAUCCGUCCCUUGUGGCAUGUUUGGUAGCAGUGAUGGGGCAGUUUGGGCGUGGGGAGUUCGGAGGGUUGAAAGGAGAAAUGGAAGGGUAUGAAAUGGGGAAGGGAAGUUAUAUGUUGACAUUGAACUUCACUGCUAUAAACAUGGCAAGUUUAUGUAGUGGGAUGUUUGAGUUUGAUUCUGUCUUAUUCUUUGUUCUCUAA